AUGACCUCCGCCAUGGGCCAACGCCUCGCCGGCAAGACCAUCGUCAUCACUGGCGCCUCGAGCGGCAUCGGCGAAGCCACCGCGCGCGAGUUCGCACGUACCUCCCCGGCGGACCUGCGCCUUAUCCUGACGGCGCGGCGCGUCGACAAUCUCAAGAAGAUCGCAUCGGAGAUCAAUGCCGAAGUUGGUGACGGUGUCAAGGUCCUGCCUGUGCAGCUUGACGUCUCAGACCCCAAGGCUGUGAGUGGGUUUGUGGGGAACUUGCCCAAGGAGUGGCAGGACAUUCACGUGCUGGUCAACAAUGCUGGCCUCGUCAAGGGCGUGGAUAAGGUGGGGGAUAUCAGCGGGGCGGACAUGAAGGUCAUGUUUGACACGAAUGUUACGGGGUUGGUGAACAUGACGCAGGCUGUCUUGCCUAUCUUCAAGGCGCGUGGGAGUGACGGGGGCUCGGGCGAUGUUAUCAAUAUUGGAAGCAUCGCGGGGCGGGAAGGCUAUCCCGGUGGCAGCAUCUACUGUGCGACCAAAGCGGCAGUGCGGACGUUUACUGAGGCGAUGCGCAAGGAGUUGAUUGCUACACGCAUCAGGGUUAUCGGCAUUGAUCCUGGUCAGGUGGAGACCGAGUUCAGUAUGGUGCGGUUUGGAGGCGACAAGAGCAAGGCGGACAAGGUCUACGAGGGCGUCGAGCCUCUGACGGGGCAGGAUAUCGCAGAGGUUGUGGUCUUCACCGCUGGAAGGAGGGAAAAUGUCGUGAUCGCGGAUAGCUUGAUCUUCCCCAACCAUCAGGCUGCUGCUACGGUUAUGCAUCGGAAGACUGGUUAG